GAACGUGUUUUCAUUCAGGAACUGCUGGAGCAAUCAGUCAGCUGUCAACAGGCUAGGUACAGACGGGUCGCUGAACAGGCGGUUACAUACGUGGAACUUAACGAAAACGUUGUACGGUUGUCGUGUGCUGUGGUCCCCGCUCAACCCCAACACUUUGACGGAUCCCCCUUCGGCGUGAAGACGAGAUGAAGUCCCCAGACACGGUAUUGUAGCUGUGUGGGAGCCCUGCGAUGACCACGCAGCCUUCUAGCCAUGCAGAAACCGCUCACCCCACAAUGCCCCCCCCGGUGCCUUCUGCGGCCUCCCAGCUCCACAUUCAACGCCCGCUGUCCCGGGAGGCCAUCACCAUCCGUUUCACCCCGCUCGGGGUGGUCGACGCCGGGGAGCACGACAGCGACGACGACGAAGACGACGAGGUCCACUGGGCCAGCGCCCCCGUGGCUGCCCGGGACGGCCCGGGAGUUGUGACGGCCGUAGAGGCCGGCGAGGAGAUGCUGGAGGAGGCACUGCUGGACACGGCGGCCACUGCUUUCCCUGAGUCGUCGCCCACCCCUCCCCCGCUCGCCGGCGGGCAGAGAACGACGUUGGCGUUCCCCGCCGAGAUGAAGGUCCUGAGCUCCUCGUCCUCCUCGCCGCCGACCAAAUCGGUGAGCCUCCCUUGCAUCGACAAGCCCCCCUUCAGCAUGAUAAAGUCUCUGUCGUCCGACGCAGAGCCCUCCUCCUCCUCCACCUCCUCCACCUCCUCCACCUCCCAUCUCCUGGUGAAGCACAGGCAGCUCAUGAAGACGCUGGUCAAGUCGUUGUCCUCCGACACGUCCGAGGGGUCUUCGGCUCCCUCCGCCGCCCCCCGCGCAUCCGACUCCCGCCUCAACCUGCAGCUCUUCAAGCAGUUCACCCAGUCGCGCAUGUCCGCCGGCGGCAGCACCGCGGCGCCCUCCACCAGCCAAUCCAAGACGGCGCCCUCCUCCCCGCUCACCGUCCACGAGAGCCGCUCCUUCUUCAACGUCUCGGAGGUGGAGGCCCGCAUCGAGGACACCAAGCGCCGCCUCUCCGAGGUGAUGUACGAGCCCCUGCAGAUCCUCAGCAAGAUCAUGGACGAGAAGAGCGUGGCGGGCAGCGUGGCCAACUACAGGGCCUCCAAGGCCGCCUCCUCCGAGCUCGCCAACAUGUCCAGCCUGUCGUCGCUCAGCCACUUGGAGAGCAACAACAACAGCUACUGCAUCAAGGAGGAGGAGGGCGGCGACUGGGACUCGGACAGCCCCAACAGCGGGGCCUCCUGCAGCGCCGAGGGCCCCGUCCCUUCCUCUGCGGACAAAAACGGCAAGAGCCCCCGAAAGGCCGGGAGCUCCAUGGCGCUGGAGAUGUGUUCCAUGUCCGCCCUGGCCAGGCUGGAGGAAGAGGACUUCUGCAUCCUGUCCACCGAGGACUUUGAGACCUGCGCGGAGGCCGAGCGGGAACGCAGAGACAGGAGCGAUUACUCCGGAAGCAGCACUCAGACUAAGGCGACGCCCAGCGGCGGCACGGAGCCCUGCAGCGACGACGAGCUGGAGCCGGACGAACCUGGGCCCGACGUGCCCGUCUACACCCUGGUGAUCGUCACCCUGCUGGUGUACGGGUACUUUGUCCUCCCCCUGCCCACCUACGUUGGAGGACUGCUGCUCGGGGUCGCGCUGGGCUUCUUUGUUGCUAUUGGCGUGGUGUGGCUGGCCGGUCCAAAGCCUUCUGGCCGUGGACUACAACACUUGAAACACCAGAGGGCGCUGCGCAGUGUGGCCAAGUUAAACUUUAAAGAGCCUGAUCUCUUUAAGGGCUGGAUGAACGAGAUCGCGGCCUACGACCCCGAGACCUACCACGCCACCCUGACCCAGUCGGUGUACGUGCGUCUGGAGGGCUCCACCCUGCGCCUGUCCAAGCCCAACCGCAACAUCACGCGCAGGGCCAUGCACAACGAGCCCAAACCGGACGUCUCCUACAUCAGCCAGAAGAUGUACGACCUGACCGACAGCAAGGUCUUCCUCGUUCCUCACCAUCUGGCCAGGAAGCGGCUGUGGAACAAGAAGUACCCCAUCUGCAUCCAGCUGGCCAAGCAGGACGACUUCAUGUCCAAGGCUGAGGGGGAGCGCCCGGACACCAGCAAGGACUCCACUGCCGCCGCCGCCGCCCCAGGGGACAGAGCCGCCGGGACGGGCGGAGGGCAGGGGAAAGGAAAGCCCUCCUUCUCUAGUCGGGACCUCACCCUCUAUCUGUUUGGAAGGACGGGUCGGGAGAAAGAGGAGUGGUUCCAGAGGAUUCUGGUGGCUGCGCAGGGCAAGGGGAGGAUGACUAGAGACGACAGAGACUUUGGAGGAAGUAAACAUGUGCUCGGCACCCUCAGCUCCAGCAGCCGCCGGGGCAGCUCCGAGGAGGCUCCGGGGUCUCCGCUGAAGAACAAGGAACUCCAGGCCUCCUCCUCCUCCUCCUCCUCCUCCUCUGUCGUCACGCAGGUGGGCACUGCCAAGACCAAGUCCCUGCUGGACUACAGCGUCUACAUGACCUCCCUGAUGCCUGGCCAGGGGGCCAGCCCUGUCACUGCCAGCUCGCCUCUCCGCAGCCCCCAGAACAGCCCGGAGGCAGCCAAGAAGGUCCCCCGAGCUCUCCCUGCCCCCGCGGCCCCAGAGGAGGAGCAGCCGGUGGCCUGGCUCAACGCCAUGCUGGGCCGCCUGCUCUGGGACUUCCUGGGCGAGGCCCACUGGGCCGAGAUGGUCUCCAAGAAGAUCCAGAUGAAGCUGAGCAAGAUCCGGGUGGAACAAAUACAAGCCAGACAUGAAGAGGAGGUGAUGCGAGGCCGAGGCAAGAAAUUGGAAUUGCCUUACUUUAUGAAUGAGCUGACCCUGACUGAGUUGGACAUGGGCGUGGCCACUCCCAGGAUCCUCGGGGCCUCCCAGCCGUCGGUCGAUCACAGAGGCCUGUGGUUUGACCUGGACAUCGCCUACAGUGGCUCCUUCCUCAUGACCCUGGAGACCAAGAUGAACCUCAUCCGGCUGGGAAAGGAGGAGGACGCCCUGCGCAUAGAGCCCGGCAAAGACGGGUACAGGCCGCGUGCCUACUGCCUGGCUGACAGUGAUGAAGAGUCCUCCAGCGCGGGCUCGUCGGAUGAGGAAGACCCUUCUGAGCUCUCCUCCGAAUCCAUGGGCGCUGAAGGGUUCGUGGGUGGACACAAGCCCAGCAAGAUCAUGAAGUUCGUGGACAAGAUCACCAAGUCCAAGUACUUCCAGAAGGCCACGGAGACGGAGUUCAUCAAGAAGAAGAUGGAGGAGGUCUCCAACACGCCACUGGUCCUGACCGUGGAGGCUCAGGGGCUGCGAGGCCGUCUGGCGGUCAACAUCCCCCCGCCCCCCACAGACAGGAUAUGGUACGGCUUCCGCACUCCUCCUCACCUGGAGCUGAAGGCCCGGCCCAAGCUGGGGGAGAGAGAGGUCACCUUCGCUCACGUCACCGACUGGAUCGAGAAGAAACUCUACCAGGAGUUCCAGAAAAUCCUGGUCAUGCCAAACAUGGACGACGUCUGGCUGACCAUCAUGCACUCUGCCAUGGACCCCCGUACCUCCGGGGGUCCCCUGGCCCCCCCGGCGGCUGACCCACCCCCCUGCCUUCUCAGCCCGCCGACGGAGCCGCCAACCAGCAUUGAAGAGGUAUAGGGGGGACGGGUUUACAGUAUUGUCCUCGGUGGUGUGGACGUACCCCGUGGCGGGGAACCGGAGCCAAAGCGCAGAGCAGGGUUUUUAUCCUGGAGGAGUCUGGAUGUUGUGGUGUAUCUUUUUGCUAAAGCUCAGUCCCAAGAAAACACUGAAGUGAAGCCAUUGUUUGCUUGCUGCUCUGCACUCCCUUUCCUUAUUGACAAAGGUAAAGGUUAAUUGUCUGUGAAGGAUUUGUUUUUCAUUACGUGACCUAUUGGGUUGGAGGUUGAUGUUAGAAGUGAUCAUUGCGUGGUUGAUGAAGGGAAUAUAUAUAUAUAUAUAUAUAUAUAUAUAUAUAUAUAUAUAUAUAUAUAUAUAUAUAUAUAUAUAUAUAUAUAUAUAUAUAUAUAUAUAUAUAUAUAUAUAUAUAUAUAUAUAUAUA